AUGAAAAUUAUAUAUAUUUUCCUGCUCUGUGCAGGAAUUUGCCGCGCAGAUGACAUAGCUUCAGCUGCUGGACAAAUCUUUAACAGUAUUCUGCCGAACCUUAUAAGCAACUCGGUAACAGGUCAACAAGGGAACAGCGCUACAAAUACUCUACAACAAAUCGGAACUGUUGUGGGGGGAGUAGUUGAUUAUGCAAAGAAGAAGAGCUACGAGGACAUGUUGCGUCAAGUCCAAGACUCCACCACGGACGACGACCUGCUCCGAAUUAGUGAAGAAAUGUUCAAUGCUGAUAUUAACAACGCGAUUAACUAUAUACAAGUCAAUUUGCAAGGCAAAACCAGUCCCAUAUCCAAAAAUGACGAAGCACAAUCAACCCUCCUGUCAGUGCCCGAGAAUGUAUGGAAUGGUCCAACAAUUAGACCAUUUGCAGCACUUUUCGAUAAUUAUCACAAAAACGUCAUCAGACCUGAAUUUGUUACACCAAAUGAAGAAUCGGAGCAGAUGACAUACAUCAACACAAUUCUGGCCACAGGACCUAUUAGAAGUCUAAUGUCAUUCCUCGUCAGUAAAGGUUUGAAUCAAAUGAAUGAAUAUAAUGAGCAAGUGGAGUUGCUGAAGAAAAUCUGGUUCACAAAAUACGCUCGCCACUGGACCGGCCUUUGCAAAUGCAGCUGCGCCUUCGAGAACAUUUUCAUGGCAGAAUUAAACUCUAACACCGUUCUUGGUCUUCACAGCUGGUUGUUCUUUGCUAAGCGCGAGAUGGACAAUAAAGCUAACUACUUGGGUUACAUCGACAAGCUAGACCUUUCUGGUAAAGGGAUGAUCCUCAAGCAACACUCGAUCCUCAGUGAGACUAAAGACGCACCUGAACUUACAAUGUUUGUGGGGACUUCCCCCGAGUUGGAAACUGCACUGUACACGCUCUGCUUCAUGGCGCGUCCCGACCGUCCCUGUAAACUACGAUACAACAACAUAGCUUUCACCAUACAAACCAAAACUCGGAAGUCAGAUAAUAUACUUCUCUUAGACACUGCUUAUCCAGUUUAC